GAGGAGGAGGAGGAGGGGAGGGGGAGGAGGAAGGGAUCGCGGGCAUGAUGGCGGCGGCCUCGCGAGCGGCGGCCCCGCGGCUGAGCUCCCAAGCAACUCGGACGGAAGGCGAAGCGAGAGCCGGGCGGUAAAAGUCAUCGCCGUCGUCAUCGCCGUCCUCUUUCUCUACCUUUUCCCCGCCACCCGCCCAGAGACGGACAGGAGGCGGCGGGGUCUCGGGGAUGGCGGCCCCGGGCCCCCCUCAGCCGCCGCCCCAGCGGCUGGGCCCGCGGCUCCGGGUCAGCGUGGAGGUGGUGCUGCGGAUGCCCAGCCUUUUCCUCAUCGACGCCAUCUUCAACUCGUCCCCGGUGUUCCCCGGAGAUUCCCUCUGGGCCGGCUUCCUGGGGGGGCUGCUGCGGCUGCUGGGUGUCUUUGUAUCCAGUGUUGUUCUGGUUCUAUCACAAAGAGCGCUUUUCAAGUUUUAUAUGAUCAGCUCUGCUUUUCUGCUAGCCGCAACAUCAGUGAUGGUGAACUACUAUGCUUUUUUGCACAUAAACUUCCACAGUGCCUAUUACACAACAACGUUUGGAGUUCAGCUCCUUCCUCAUAAAGGACCUUCCCUAUGGAUGGCACUCUCUGUCCUUCAGCUUGCCUUUGGAAUUGGCUAUGUUGCACUGUUAAAUAUCCAGUCCAUAUAUUCUCAACUAAUCAUACUGGAUUUAUUGAUUCCUAUCGUAGGCUUGAUCAUUGAAUUACCAUUACACAUCAGGCAGAUUUUAGUCUUUACUUCAGGCUUCAUUUUGACAUUAUACACCUUGGCCAUUUUAGUUUCUAAAAUGAAACUGUUCUACUACUCUACACGAUACGUCUAUCUUCUUAUAAGGCACAUGUAUCGCAUUUACGGAUUACAGUUGUUGCUGGAAGAUACAUGGAAAAGGAUUCGUUUUCCAGCUGUAUUGCGUGUCUUUUGGCUUACGAGGCUGGUAGCUCAAGCUGUUGUGUUAACAUAUAUCGUCAAGACGGCAGAAACUGAUCCAGGCAUUAAAUUUUACAUGAUUUCUUGGGACAGUUUUUGGGAAUUACUUUGCAGCCUUAUUAUCAGUGGGUGCGAUUCUACUUUGACUGUAUUAGGCAUGAGUGCUGUAAUUUCAUCCGUAGCUCAUUAUCUGGGGCUUGGUAUUUUGGCCUUUAUUGGAUCUACUGAUGAAGAUGACAAGAGGCUUGGUUUUGUGGCACCAGUUUUAUUUUUUAUUUUGGCCCUGCAGACUGGUUUAAGUGGGCUAAAGCCGGAAGAGAGACUAGUCCGCUUAAGUCGAAACAUGUGCCUUUUGCUAACCGCAGUCCUGCAUUUUAUCCAUGGAAUGACAGACCCUGUCCUGUUGUCUCUGAGUGCCUCCCAUGUGUCCUCAUUUCGCAGACACUUCCCUGUGCUCUUUGUUUCAGCUUGCCUCUUUGUUCUUCCAAUUUUCCUCAGUUAUGUCCUUUGGCACCACUAUGCACUAAAUACGUGGCUGUUUGCUGUUACAGCAUUCUGCGUGGAACUCUGCCUGAAAGUUAUUGUUUCUAUCACUGUGUAUGUACUAUUCAUGAUUGAUGGCUACUAUAAUGUCCUAUGGGAGAAGCUUGAUGAUUAUGUCUACUAUGUUCGAUCAACGGGCAAUAUUAUUGAGUUUAUAUUUGGAGUAAUAAUGUUUGGGAAUGGUGCUUACACCAUGGUAUUUGAAUCAGGAAGCAAAAUCCGGGCUUGUAUGAUGUGUCUACAUGCCUACUUCAACAUCUACCUGCAAGCAAAGAAUGGCUGGAAAACCUUUAUAAAUCGUAGGACAGCUGUUAAGAAAAUCAACUCUCUUCCUGAAGUCAAAGGAGAGCGAUUGCGGGAAAUAGAUGAUGUCUGUGCAAUCUGCUACCACGAGUUUACUACAUCUGCUCGUAUUACUCCAUGUAACCAUUACUUCCAUGCACUUUGCCUUCGGAAAUGGCUCUAUAUCCAAGACACUUGUCCAAUGUGCCAUCAAAAAGUUUAUAUUGAGGAGAAGGAGAAUACCAAUCUCUCAAAUAACAAUGGCUUUGUUGCACUUGAUGAAAAUGAACCCAAUGAAAAUCUUGUGCAAGGAGAAGCAGCAGCUGCUGAUGUAGAAAAUGAACUAAAUGAAGAUAAUGGCAGUACCGAGAGUGAGGAGGAAGAAGAGACUGAGAGUUCAAGUCAGUCUGUCACAGUGCCCGAACAACAGUCAGAACAGUGAACCUGCCUUUGUGCUGGUUUAAAAUGUCAUGUACUGAACACUGUGGGUGGGUGUUAAUAGUGGAGUUCAACAAUGGAAUAAAAGCUUCACUUCAUCAGUGUGUAUCUAAGCACAAGAACAGUAUCUCAAAAUGUUGAAUCUGUGAAUGGGUUGUCAAUUUACUGUGAUGUGCUCUUGUAAAUAUACCUCUAAUUACUGCUGGUCUCUUUUGCGACCACCUUAAACUUUAUGUACAUUAUUGUACAUGGAAUAAAGUGUUUUCGCAUAUUUUUUAAAACAGUUGAACAAAACACUUCCUAAUUGAUAGUAAAAUUAUAGUGUGCAAGUUGUUCAAAAGUUCCCGCACUUUGGUAAAAUUAAGCCAAUGGUUUUUAAGGGUAUAUUGGAAAUGAGCCAGUGUCUCAAGGAAUCACUCUUUAAAUCAAUUAAAAUCUUGGACAAAUGUUGACAUAUGUCAAUUAUUUAAAAACCCUACCAAAGGAUCGUUUCCAACAUCACAGCAAAAAAUAAAAUCUUAGGUUUGCGUAA